AUGUCAGAAUGCAAUGCAAAAUAUCCAAAUGGUCCUACAAAGUGGUAUUGGCAGGGCCAGAAACUCCCGUCUUAUGUGAAGUUUAUGGAGCAGAAUUACCCACCCGGCUUCACCUACGCAAAAUUUGCUCCUCAGUUCCGUGCUGAAUUCUUUGAUCCUAAAGAUUGGGUUGACAUUUUUGCCUCGUCUGGAGCCAAAUAUAUUGUCCUCACAACCAAACAUCAUGAAGGGUUUACAUUAUGGGGCUCGAAGUACUCGUGGAUGUGGAACGCAGUGGAUGUCGGGCCGAAGCGGGAUCUGGUGGAUGAGAUCGCCACCGCUCUGCGGGCACACAGUGAUUUGCGUCUGGGUCUCUACCACUCUUUAUUUGAGUGGUUUAACCCUCUGUACAAAGCUGAUGCUGACAAGUCCUUCAAUACCAGUGUGUUUCCUACCACAAAGACCCUGCCCGAACUGUUCGAGAUCGUCAACAAGUACAAACCUGAGGUGCUGUGGUCUGAUGGUGACGGAGAUGCGCCCGACUCUUACUGGAACAGCACAGGGUUCCUCGCCUGGCUUUAUAACGAGAGCCCUGUGCGUGACACUGUUGUGACCAAUGACCGCUGGGGAUGUGGAACUAUAUGUAAGCAUGGCGGAUAUUACACCUGCUCAGAUCGCUACAACCCCGGACACCUGCUGAAACACAAGUGGGAGAACUGCAUGACCAUUGACAAGAAGUCAUGGGGGUACAGGAGAGACACCAACUUCAGCGACUUCCUCACCAUUGAGCAGCUGAUAGCAUCUCUUGUUGAGACCGUGUCCUGCGGGGGGAAUUUGCUGUUGAACGUGGGUCCCACACACGACGGCCGCAUCGUGCCCAUCUUUGAGGAGCGUCUGCGACAGAUGGGCAAGUGGCUCAAGGUCAACGGAGAGGCCAUUUACAACAGCAGCGCAUGGAGAGUUCAGAACGACACUGUCACUCCUGGAGUUUGGUAUACAUGGAAUCAGAAGAAUACAAUCUAUGCUAUUUUCCUUUCAUGGCCCGCUGAUGGUUAUAUUGUUCUGAGCGACCCAGUUGUAUCAUUGUCUAAGACGCAGGUGGUGAUGCUUGGAUAUCAGUCCCUCUCGUGGGAGUCCAUGAAACCCACUGGUCUAAAGGUUCGUCUGCCCCAGCUGGCCCCCAGUCAGAUGCCCUGCUCCUGGGCUUGGACCCUGCGACUGACUGGUGCGGUGUAGCCAGAGGAUGGCGCCACAUUUAGCACAUGACUGAAGGGACUAUUGGUUUUUUAUCCACACAUUUUACAUUUAAAUAACCCCUGUGAUUACAUGUCCGUCUGGUGUUUGUCAUAUGCUUAAAGACAAACCAUUUGCAAAUUCAGCAGUCAACAACAUUGCUGAGCAUUUUCUCCUUAAAACUUUGGUGUACCAAGACCGUCUCAAAAACCCAGUUUGAAGCCACCCCUGUUUUCUAAGUCACAAACAUGUAACCAAUCCCGUCAGCCUGUGGGGUGGGGCUUUUCAUAUUAUUAUCGCCACUGGUCAUAGGUUUCUAUUUACAGUGUGUUUUUGCAGCGUUGAGCAGUGUAGCCAUAGACAUAUCUGUUGAUUUCAUGAUUGCAAUAGCCAAUCAGAGUUAAUUAAGUUAGACAGAAUCCACUCACCAUUCAAAACACUGGAGUUUUGUUCAGUACUGAGUUCUGCAUGCUCUGAAUCUGCUCAAUAUUACAAAAUAGUAGACGCGAUGUAAUUAAAGCGAUAGUUCACCUAAAAAUUACUCACCCUCAUGUCGUUCCAAACC